GGCGUUGCAAGGGGGAAAACUCUCGAUUGAAAGGGGCAGCAGAAGAGGCAGAACAAGAACGCGGCGGAGAAGAGCCCCCGAAAAGAGCGGCAUCCGAAAACCGCAAAAAAAACACAUGCUCAGAUACCGACUCGUGUCGACUCACUUCCUCAAGCAGCCGUAGUGUGCGAGCGAGCGGGAAAGCGCUAUCAACGGAGAGCGAUUUGGAGUGUGGGUGGUGUAACAGCGAAUGCAAUUGCAGCCAGUGAGAGAGUGAGAGCGGGAGAGACGACCCAGAGCGAUCGCAGGAUAUAACUGUGCUAUAAAAGCGCGACAGGUGCGCUCCGCCUGCUCAUUCACCGUUAGUCGUCGGUCACUCAAUUUGUUAUCGCGAGAGGUCCUCGCAGGAAGCAAGGACACAGGAACAAGGAGCUAGAGAGCGAGAGCGAGAGAGAGAGAGGAAAUUCGCAUCCGAUCCGGCACUAAAAUCCAGUCACAACGUAUUCGCUAGGAGUGCUACGCCUUUUGGGUCUGAGCUAUAGUCUACAUAGCGAAAAUGUGCAGAGAUCGCGAUAUGAGUUUGUCGUAGAUCAGCGCAACCGUCGUUACAAGGUCAAGAAAAAAAUCAAGCACAAGAGCGAGUAGACAGGUGAGCGGGCAAGAGCCCGAGGGCCCCGAAAAUAUCGAGAUUGCUUGAGAUUCCGAUUGCGAUUGCGAUUGCGAAAUCCUGGACCACUUUUAACAGCCACAAUAACCAGAUCUGAAGCUACCAUACCAAAGUUAACAAUAUUAGCUAAAGGCCACGGCAAACGUAAUAGUUAAAUUAUACACAAAAAGGAUAUCCAUCCUUCCUUCCAUUUCGAGUGCGCGUGUUAAUCAACGGCAAUGUGACUAUCCUGCGCAAUUCGGGCUCCAUCUAAACGGUUCUAGCCGUAUCCAAAACGCAAACGAAAGCUUCGCGGUCAAGUGAUUUCAAUCAUCUUUCGAUCUUCGAUUCGAUUUGGUUAUCUCCAACAACAACCACCCUUUCCUACCACCAGUCGAGCCCAAAAAGGUCGUGCAACUGGCGAACGUACGGGGAAAAACCAGCAAGAUUGAAGACUUUGGGAGAAAUCUUUGGAAGUCCGUUAAGGCUUGCAUUUGCGGCAUGCGCCAUCCCACAACUGGGCUGAACGAAGACGACCUGAGUCGUCUCACUGGUUCAUCAUCGUCGACGGCUUCGUGCGGCAGCGCAGCCUCCUCCUCCUCAUCAUCAUCGUCCUCAUCCUCGAAUCCCGCUGACCACCGCCAUGAGGUGGUCCGCAGUCCGGAGAAGCCAACGCCCACGGCGGGGGGAGGGGAUAAGAGCCACCUGAACAGUGGCUUCACCUCCACCUACCUGCCGGAGAUCAUUCAUCCGGCUCUGGAAUGGCAGAAGUCGUCGCGCAAGCGCAAGGAGCGCCUGGAUAGCAGCUCAGCCUUUGGCCAGGAUCGCAAGCUGCAGCGCAGCAACAGCGAGGAGCUGCUCACGGAGCCUCCAGCUAUUGUUUCGCCCACGGCCCAGGCACAAGCGGCCAAUCUCCUGGAGGCGGCCAACCUGCAGUGCGAGGUUAUCCGUCGCGUUUCCUCCGAGGACUUUAAGCGAACCGCCAGCUAUGCCAACUAUCGCCAGGAGUUCGAAAGGGAGCAGGAAGAGUCCUCGGAACUGGGCGAGAACAAUGCCUCGUUGGCCAAUUUACCAAGCGGCGGAGAAGCAGCCAAGGAGCGUCCUCGCCUGGAGACCAGUCCCGCUCGCCAGCUGCCGGUUAAAGAAGCUUCCGAUGACUCCGAGUGCGAGCACGAAAGACGUCGCAGCAGCGAGCGCUUCUGCAAAUCCCGGCAGCCGCCGGUUCGCAAGUCUGGAGUGGCCAAAAAGGGAGGCAGUGGCUCCAAGUAUCUGCCCUCCAGGAGGGAGUCCGAGCAGAGUGCCUACAAGUACGAUCUGUCGGCCUUGAAGUACGAACGCCGAGGUUUCAUCAGCAGCAGGAAGCAGCAGAGUCAGCAGAAUCAAUCCUUGGCCGAUCACAACGACAACAACCUGAUAGACUUCCAUCAGCAGCAGCAGAAGGAGCUGCAGACGAAGAGGAGCGCCAGUAUUUCGCCCACACCCACCACGAGCUCCUCGGCGGGCAGCGAUGACAGCACGCCCACUUCCAAUGCCCCGGCGCCGGUGAAGGCCAAGCCACAAAGGCAGCAGCAGAGUCUGGAUUUGACCUCCGCCCAGGAGUCGCUGCCCUGGGAGCGAGGCGAUGAACCGGCGCCCAUCCUCAGCCGACGUUAUGCCCACUCGCGACCGCACAUCGGUGGUAAUCUGGAUGCAGCUGCUCAGCUGGCCAAGGCCAUGCCAUAUCCCCAACAGAUGCCCAAGCAGGCGGCCACGGUGCAACUGCAUGCGGACUCGAGCGACAUGGACUGCUGCCUGGAGCCCAUGGAUGCGGUAAGGGCGUUCAGCUCCCUAGAGAACAUGCGUACCCGCGAUGUUAUGCAACAGGUGCUGCCCGCCAUGAUGGUGGCCUUUCAAUCGCCCGAGGAAAGGCUAAAGGCCAUCAAUCGUCGGGUGACUGUGCUGAAGAAGAAACUGGUCCAGUUGGAGGAGUCCCUGGAGCAGAGAUUGGGCUACCGGCCGUCGCAGGCGGAGCGAUUGAACGACAAGUACAUGAAGAACGCCCUGGCGGAGUUGAGCAAGCUGCGCAAGGAACGGCACGAGCUCAAGACUGAUCCCAUCGCAGCUCUGGGUUUGAAGGUCGGAAGCGGAGGAGGAGGAGGAGUCGGAGGCGGAAUCGGUGGCCAGGAGGUGGCCAAGAAACUGGAGCGCAUGAAGGCCACCCUCGCUGAAAUCGAGCAGAAUCUCAACGAGAAGCGUGCAAAUGGCCAUCGCUCCGAGCAACUAGAAGAUCUGAAUGCCGACCAGUUGAUGCAGGAGAAAAGUGCCGUGCAGCAUGGACUGCUGUACUUCGAGAGCCUCUAUGGCCAUCCCAUCACCAAGGAGGAGCGCGAUGCCGCCCGUCCGCUUUACGAUCGCUACAGGCAGCUAAAGCGACUGGUCUCACGCACCGUGAUGUUUGGAGCGGGCACUGGGGUUCCGGAGCUGCCCACCAUUCUGGAGCACGAGGCCAUGGUGUUCGAGGCCACUUCCACACCGCUGCAGUAUUCAUCGAACAACAGCACCGAGACCACCAACUCGCCCAGCGACUCGAAUGCCCCGAAUACUCUGACCCAGAAUGCUUCCUCCGAUGAGUCGACCACCACUACGACCACUUUGACGGGUCCUGCGGCUGGAGGAUCAACCACAAGUCAGGAGAACCAGACGGCCAGCGAGAACAUCUCCGCAUUGAGUGUGGAUCAACUCUGGGAGCAGCUAGAUCGAGCUCGCGAUGAGAAAUCCCUGCUGAAGGCCACCAUCCGCGAGUACGAGUCCUUGUUCGAGGAGCAAAAUGGACGCAAGAUGCUCAAGCAGGAUCGCCGCUCGCUGGAGACCGAAACCUACGCCCAGUACAAGGAGAAGAAGGCCAAGGUCCGCCUGCUGCAGGCCCUGAUCAAGAAGCACAUCGGGCACUAAGCUAUAUAGAUGAGAUAUCCUACUUCCAUUCGACUUCUGUUCACCCCACAAACCAAACGCAUGCGAAACUAUUUAUUUCAUACCCAACCAAACAAAUACAGACCUAGAUCUAUACAAAUUAUAUGUAGUUUUUAGACUUACAUUUACCAUAUAUUCUAUAAUGAUACAUUUUAUGAAUAUUGUUGAUUCCUUAUUGUUUUUUGAAAACAUCUAUUGAGUAAUUGUAAUAAAAAGAAAAAAUUAUUAUGAAAAAGAAAA